ACUUAGUAGGGUGCCAACCCGGUUAUUGACGAGCAGCUUCGGCCCGGGCCGACCGAAACUCCUUCUUCCAUGACGCUAUCAGACAAGUUGUCAUCUCAGAUUCCGCUGCUAGCGCGAAUUCAUGCUGCACGUUUUCGCAAACUCUUCUUCAUCCUUCUUUGCGCAGUAACCUGAAGAAGCCAGUCUGUUCUCGCACACUAGAGAACUAACGACUGAGAGCCCGACGGACAUCGCCUGACUGCUGAUCGUCUGCUCUGCACCUCAGCCCACUUCCUACAAGAUGGGCGCUUUUGGACUGCUUGUCAGCGCCUUGUCGUGAGGGGCCUAGGAUAUGGAAACAGUGCGGCAAACAUGCCGAAUAGUGGCACAGCGUGAAGAAGGGAAUUGGAUAAAAAGAACUCGGAAUGUGACAUUUGCGCCCGACCCCCUCUCACCAUGGACUCUCUCAAGCUCCCGCUGUGCGGUCUCGCAGCCGUGCUGUCCCUGCUCUACUUGCGUCCCCGCCGCUCAGCCCCAGGGAACGGCUCCAUCCCGCUCAUCAUGGGGUCCGACUCCAACCCCUUUUCAUCGUAUCUCGGUGCGUGGCGCGCGUUCGCCGACAGCCUCGGCGUCGUGCAGCACGGAUACGAGCAGAACCGCACCGGCGUGUUCCGCGUGCCGGGUUUCUGGCGCUGGGAAUACGUCGCGAACGGGCUGCAGCGUGCACUCGAGAUUGCGGCCGCGCCCGAGGAUGUGUUAUCGUUCCAGGCCGCGGCUGAAGAAGGCCUGCAAUCUGACUGGACGAUGGGCAAAUCGCUCACUCGGAACCCGUACCACGUCAACACCAUCCGCGCUGGAUUGACACGCAACAUCGCCCGGUCGUUUCCCCAGGUUCGGGAGGAGAUGGUCCACGCGUUUGACUUUGCAUUGGGAUUAGAGGGCGAAGAAUGGAAACUGGUUGCGGCCAUGCCGAUGGUUAUGCAGAUCGUGGCGCGUACGAGUAACCGUGUCUUCGUCGGGCUCCCUCUGUGCCGGAACCCAGAAUAUCUGCAGCUCAAUAUCGACUACACCAUCGAUAUCGUCACCCGUGGGGGACUCAUCCGCCUAUUGCCUGACUUUCUGAAACCUCUGCUAGCUCCGUUGCUAUCAUCCAAGAACAGCUCGCUUCGUCACGCGCUCACCUUUAUGCGACCGAUCCUCCAGGAGCGCAUAGAUAUGGAUGCCAAACAUGGAAAGGAAUGGGCUGAUCGACCGAACGAUUUCAUCUCGUGGCUCAUAGACGACCUCCCGGCCACGGAAGAACCUACGGUCGAAGACCUUGCGCUUCGGAUCCUUGCUGUGAACAUGGCAGCGAUUCACACCUCGUCGACGACACUGACAGCAGCAUUAUACGACUUGGCCAAGUAUCCUGAAUAUUUGAAACCCCUGCGAGAAGAAGUGGAGCGCGUCACUGAAGCAGAAGGAUGGACCAAGGCCUCUCUCGGCAACAUGCACCAGAUCGAUAGCUUCUUGCGCGAGUCGCAACGAUUGCACGGCAGUGGUUCCCUCGCGCUAUUCCGUCAAGUCGUUGCGAAAGAUGGAUUCACUUUCUCGGAUGGGAUCACUAUUCCAUAUGGGUCCUUCCUUGGCGUACCUGCGUCGUCUGUCCAGCUCGACCCAGAGUUCUAUGAGAACCCAGACACGUUUGAUGCAUUUCGGUUUUCCCGGCUUCGGGAGACCAGCGGGACGUUCAAUCGGCUGAUGGUCACGACCAAUGCACGGGACCACCUCGUCUUCGGGCAUGGCCGACAUGCCUGUCCGGGGCGGUUCUUCGCUGCGGCAGAGCUUAAGGCGAUGCUGGCGCAUGUCGUGCUCAACUACGACGUCAAGGCAGAGGUACCCGGCGUCGGUCCUCCAGAUGCAUGGUUUGGGACCGCUCGAUUCGCCAAUCCGAAGGGCAAGAUUUGGGUGAGGAAGAGGGUGUGAGCUGCGAUCGAUUGCUGCGAGUCGAAUCUUGACUACUCUGUACUUGUAUCGUCCCAUGCCACUCAUCCAUCCAUCUAUCCAUGCAUCAUCCAUCUUCAGUCGCGGCGCUCGAACACCCGGAUCUCGAUUUCAGGCAGAACAGCCUUCCACCGCUCCCGCUCGUUGGACCCGACCGUGUCUUCCAUCCGCACCAGGAAGGGGUCGAUGUACGACGCGAAAGGAACGUUCAUGCAUUCGAUCGAGAUGGCGAGGGUCUUCAACUCCAUCGGAAGGGUGAGCGAGUUGACGUUGUCGGCGAGGCUGUGGAAGAGUGUGAGUGGCAGGUCAGGACGCCUGGCUCAUGAUACACCCCAUGCAUCGAAACAUGAAUUCGAAAGGUCUCCAGCAAAACGCAUCGCUCGAAAACGACUACCAGGACCUCCACGUUCACAGUGGAGAGAAUCGGUUCCACCAACGCCAAACUCGGGGAAGAAGGCAGAAUCUUGAUCAGUCCUAAGGCCUAAUCCCUUAUCCGUGUCCGGCCAACACGUCUUCAGAUGCAUCAUGUUUGGCUGAGCAACGAAGGAACGCACUGUGCGCAGUGCAUUGGUAAAGCUGUGUAGAGCGGGAAGAUCUGAGUAAGGCCCUUAUGCGAAGUCGCUGGCCAGCGCAUCCAUUCGCCACGAGUCAGGCCUCGAUUUGAUCUCCAUGGUGGCGGCCCCAGUGUAUCGGCGCAUCUCAGAGAUGGCAGUGGCCGCCGAGUUCGGCUGAACUACUUAUCUCCAGAAAGACAUGCCUGACUUGAUGAAGCGCGUGGUCGCGGUCGCUAUUCUGCGGGAUGCCGACCUAGGGUACGAUCGCGCCGUUUCGGUGAUUUGGUGAAAAGGGGACGAUGGACGUCUCCACCGUCAACUUGCACAGAUGAGCCAGGCCAGGACUUGGCAGAGCGCGCAGAACAGCGUCUGUCUCAGCCCCAUAUGUCGGGAAGGUUAAGGCGUUGAUCGUUUCGGGCGAAAGGAGGUGGAUAAGCGUCAGGUCAGCGGGAUCCGAGUCAUCCGAGCUGGCCGAUAGUAGCCUGACGGUUCUGGUCCGGAUUGUAUGCCUCAAGGCUUGCUCGUCGUCAAUCCGGCUACCUUGGUUACCAAUUCUACACAGAAUCACAAUAAGCAGCUCUAACUG